AAUAUCAGAUAGAAAGAAAUCAAGAGGGAGAGAGAAGCACAGGAUUACAGCUCUGCAAUUUCAGCUGUGCUUAUAGACAGAUUUCUCCUCCUACUCCACAACACAUAAAGGGGUGCAUAUAGAGAGAGAGAGAGGCAAGAGACAAAGAAAAGAAGAAAAGGCACACUGAGAGGUGCUGGCAGAUAUAGGAAAAAUAGAAAAAGAUUAACAAAAGAAUGUAAGACAGUGUGCAGGAGAAGAUAGAUAAAGGAGGGUCCAGAAAAGAAAGGGCCACAUAAGGGUACAAAUAAUCAAAGAAUUGGAGGAAGGAAAGCUAUAUGCAAACAGUACACACAAAAUACCACUAAUAGAAAUGCCAGUACCAAACAAUGAGACACACAGGGAUCACAGUGGGAAGCCUUUUCUGCUUUAGACUGAGGUAGCUCAUGGGAAGCAGUCCUGUAGGCCGCAUGAUUUGUAUACUUCUUUAGGCAUAAGGGCUUUUGAUGGGCUGUAUCAGCAGUGCUCCAGCCGUCUUCCUUUUUGGUAGGCUGUCCUCUAACACUGUUAUUUCUGCACUCUCGCAGUAUUUCAUCUAUAAUGCGAAACACCCUCGGCUGUCUCAUUAGCAGCUUCUCUGCUACAAAUACUUUGUAAGAAUAAUAUGGGAACUGUCUCAGAGUAGCCUCUUAGCAAUAUAUGGGCAAUCACACAACAAGCAUAUCACUGUGCCAGCAGUCUCCUUAAAUGAGACUUCUUUUUUUUUUAACAUUUUUUGCUACACUUUUUCAUCACAAUCUUUGCACCCCUGAAACUGUGAAGUCUUUUUAGCAGCCUCUUUUAGGAAUCUGUCUAGAAGCUCUGCUAUUGCUCUCUUUUGACACAUUCAAGGACCAGCCUCUGUCAUCUGUUUUAAGGAGUUGCCUCUCUGAGUGGGUUUACCGGUGGCCUUUUGAAAAGCAGCCUCUCAGGAAGGUCUCUCUCAGCAGUCUCUUUUGCAGCCAUGGCGUUCACCUUUGCAGCGUUCUGCUACAUGCUGACACUCGUCCUCUGUGCAUCUCUUAUUUUCUUCAUCAUCUGGCACAUCAUUGCUUUUGAUGAAUUACGGACAGACUUUAAGAAUCCCAUUGAACAGGGAAAUCCCUCCAGAGCAAGAGAAAGGGUUAAGAACGUGGAAAGGAUUUGCUGUUUGCUCAGAAAGCUGGUAGUACCUGAGUAUUGUAUCCAUGGCUUGUUCUGCUUGAUGUUUAUGUGUGCUGCUGAGUGGGUUACUUUGGGCCUCAAUAUACCUCUUCUAUUUUACCAUCUUUGGAGGUACUUCCACCGGCCAGCAGAUGGCUCUGAAGUAAUGUUUGAUCCAGUGUCCAUUAUGAAUGUGGACAUUUUAAACUACUGCCAAAAGGAAGCCUGGUGCAAACUGGCAUUCUAUUUGCUAUCCUUCUUUUAUUACCUAUAUAGUAUGAUUUACACACUUGUCACUUUUUGAAUAUUGCCUCUUCAAAUCCUUGAACCCAGAAGACAGAGAAAAGAAAACUAAGAGAGAACCCGAGAUACUGAGUUGCUAAUAGGAGUAUGAACUGCAGGGAGUUGCUGUGUCUACUCUUCUUGAUUGCGGAUUCCUUUUUAUCCUGUACCUGAAUAUCCCCUCCCAAUCUCCCUCUCCACUUGCAACUUUCUUUCAGAUCACUCUCUCGAUACCCCUUCUUCUCUCUGUUUAUACUUUCCUCCCUCUUAUAUAUCCUGCCACUUUUUAGACUGCUGCUGGCUUACAGCUUUUAUUUGUCUGUUUGAAGUCUGUGACUUUAUUUCUUUAGAGAAACGUAAAGUUUACUGUCAAUAAAUAAUAAAUAUAUAUUCUCUAGUUUUA